AUCCAUUUUCAGUUUACACCAGGACAAUAUUUCUCACCUUCGCACGCACAGAAAGCUUUCACCAACAGCUUUUCAUUCAGAAACGCCCAUCAUGUCUUCCGGACCCCCAGAUGAGCCUUAUACAAGAUCUAGAACUCCUCCCCCGUCCAACCUUCAACUCCCACCAGUCACUCAUGCGCCCGGUUUCGCAUCUCUGUCUUUCGUAGGAGAAAACCUCCUACGAUUUUAUGAUUUCCCAGUUACAUUAACACCCAGCAUAUGGCAAGCUGUCGCCAGAUAUUGGCCCAAGGGAAUACAUGAAGACCAGAGGUACAAGAAUGACGACCUCUACCAAGUUAUGUUCUCUGGGAAACCCUUUUCGCUGGAUGAAGAAGAAAGUUAUCUCCAGUCAAAGAUAUUCGUGCGCGAGUUACUCCGGGUGUUAUAUGCGUAUGGAUGGGUAUUCACGGCCGCUGCCAAUCUCAACGAUGCCAAGGACACGUUAGUGUUUCGAUAUCAAGAACAGGUUGAAAGAUACGAUUGGGCAGCCGUGGUGUUUUCCCAUACGAAUGGAAUUUAUUUUAUGGAUUGUGAGCAAUGUCCUUCCAUAUCAGGUUAA